GUGCGUCACACAGAAGCUCUUCAUCUCGUCUUAAACGCUAUGCAGAAUCACCUUGAAGACAGUACUCUUCAAAUCGCAGGGUCUGCUAGCCUUUUUUACAUAAUCAGAAAAGUGGCCAUGAACCGUGAUACCAAGAAAAGAGUCGUCAGCGCGCUUUUAAGCGGCAUGGAGACACAUAUGGAAGAACAGGUUAUGGUUAGAAACUGCUGUUUGUCUUUAUGUCAAUUUGAGAUUCCCCAAGAAAUCUUGUUCGACUAUAGCCGACUAGCUAUCUUGCUAGUCACUGUCUUGCAGCAUCAUAAUGCUGACAAUCUAACUCAACGUAUUGUUGUUUUCUUACUCAAUUCGAUGGCAUGCCAUGUUGAAGGUGAUCAAAAGGUCCAAGUGGGGAGUUUCGGAGCUAUCGAGUGUUAUUAUAAUAGGCAUGAUCAAUUUCUUUGUACAGAUGAUACUCGAUCAGAUUCGACGAAAACUGACGACAAAUGUUUGUGA